AUGGCGGAGAAGCGGCAGGCGCGCCGCGAGGGCGAGAAGGUCUGGUGCCCGGACCCGCGCAACGUCUGGCAGCUGGGCACCGUCGUGGAGGACGACGGCGAGAAGCUGCACGUGCUGCUGCCCGACGCCGACGCCGAGCAGCAGUUCAGCUUCGACCAGGUGCAUCCGUACGACCCGUCGCACUCCGUAGACCUGACCAACGUGGCGGAGAUGGACAACUUGCACGAGGCGCCGCUGCUCGACCUGCUGCGGCGCCGCUACCUCGACGACAAGAUCUACACGUACACGGGCGACAUCCUCAUCUCCAUCAACCCGUACAAGAACAUCCCCAUGCUCUACAACUUCCCGGAGCUCGACUCCAUCGGGAAGCUGGAUAACCCCGUGCCGCACGUCUACUCGACGGCGCACGGGGCCUACCACGCCAUGAUGAAGGACGGCAAGUGCCAGUCCAUCCUCGUCUCCGGCGAGAGUGGAGCCGGCAAGACGGAGGCCUCCAAGUACAUCAUGCGGUAUCUGGCCAACAUUUCCGAGAUCGGGAAGAAGACGCCCAAGGCCCCCAAGGACGACAACGACGGGUCCUCGCUCUGCGCGGGCAUGCCUACGGAGGAGAAGAACGCGCUCCAGCUCAAACCUGCAAGCGAGUUUCACUUCCUUAACCAGGGCAACUGCAUCCAGGUGCCUGAAAUCAACGACAAGAAGGACUUCAAGGAGCUCGUGGAAGCCAUGGGCACUGUGGGUAUCCCGCCCGAUUUGCAACACACCAUCUUCCGCCUUGUCGCCUGCGUGUUGCAUUUGGGUAACGUGGAGUUUACCGAGAACGCCAAGAAUGAGUCCCAGAUCGCUCACCCGGAGGAUGUGACCAACCUGGCCGAGCUGAUGAUGGUAACGCCCGAUGAACUCGAGUUCGCGCUCACAAAGCGAACGAUGUCUGCUGGUGCGCGUGGCUCUGUGGCUGAAAUCGCGCUGACCGCCGUCGAAUCCGUCAAGUCCCGUAAUGGUUUGGCGAAGGAUAUCUUCAGCAAGAUUUUUGACUGGUUGGUGUCUCAAAUUAACAAGUCGACGUCUAACGUUGGUGGAAGCUCUGCAGUCGGCGCGGGGUCAAAGUUUAUUGGAAUCCUGGAUAUCUUCGGCUUUGAAAGUUUGCAAGUGAACUCGUUCGAGCAACUGUGCAUCAACUACACGAACGAAAUGCUGCAGCAGCAGUUCAACCAGCACGUGUUCGUGUACGAGCAGGAGGUGUAUGUCGAGGAAGGCAUUGACUUUUCUCGCCUGGAGUUCAAGGAUAAUGGACCGUGUCUUGAUCUGAUCGACAAGAAGCCGCUUGGUAUUCUGCCGCUUCUGGACGAGCAAGGAAUGCUUGGUCGACGUGCAAGUGACGAGAACUUUAUCCAGAAAUUGCACCAAACGCAUCUGCCGAAGGGAAAAGUUCCUGAGGGUACGACAGUUUACUACUCUAAGCCACGCUUCGCCACGGAUGAGUUCGUGAUCAAUCACUAUGCUGGUGAGGUCACCUACAACGUCGUGGGCUUUUUGGAGAAGAACGACGACUCGCUGCACAACGACCUCAUCUCAUUGAUGGACAGCUCCAAGUGCGAGUUCCUGCGCAAGCUUUAUCCUCUUGCUCAACCGGGUGCGGCGGCAGGAGGUGCAAAUCCGCGUAAACCCAUCCGCAAAAUGGGCAACAAGAUGACUGGUACUAUGACUGUCGGUCGCAAAUUCCGUGAUCAGAUGGCAAACUUGAUGGUGGAGCUCAAGGCAACCGCACCCUCGUUCGUGCGCUGCGUUAAGCCUAACAACCUGCGAUUUCCGCAGGGCUGGAACGCGGAGCUGAUCUUGAACCAGCUCAUUUAUCUUGGUGUCAUGGAGACUGUCCGGAUUCGACGAUCAGGAUUUCCCGUUCGUCGGCUCUUUGAAGAAUUCCACGAGAAGUACCAAAUUCUGACCCGCAAUGUGCCGAAGGACAAACGGGCGACCAUGACGGACAAAGAUUACUGUGAAGUGAUCCUCCGCUUCAUCCCCCGUGAGAACUGGCAGCUGGGUCACAAGAAGGUUUUCCUUCGUGACAGCCAGUUGCGUAUCCUGGACAACGAAGCGCGCAAGAUCCUUCACGAGGCUGCUACUGUUAUCCAAAAGUAUGUUCGCGGUCGACAGCAGCGUCGCAAGUACUUGGACAUGCGUGCGAAGGCCAUCCGUAUCCAGGCCACAACGCGCAUGUACCUGGUCAAGCGUCACUACCAGCGCAUGCGUUAUCGCAUCACUCUACUCAACGCUGUAGCACGGCAGUUUAUUCAGCGCCGCAAGUAUCAGCGGCUGCGUAAGGCUACUAUCCUCGUGCAGAGCCAUGUUCGUGGCAAUGCGGCGCGACGAUAUGUGCUGUACCUGCGCACUGCUCCUCCUGCUGCGACGAAGAUCCAGGCUCAAGUCAGACGCUACUUGGCCCGUAAGCGAUUCCUCAAGCAGAAGCAUGCAGCUGCGAAGGUCGCAAAUGCACGUAAGAUGCACAAGCAGCGUGCCGAGUUCCUGGAGAUGCGUGGCGCGGCCAAUGUCAUUGCCUCUAGAUACAAGGGCUACGCUGCUCGCAACAAAUACCGCGAGAUGAAGAAGGCAGCGAUCGUGUUGCACGCAGCAGGCCGUGGAUUCAAUGCUCGUCUCAAGUACGGCAAGAAGGCUCGCAUGCGGGCUGUUGCACGUAACAAGGCGCAGAUCCAAAUCGCGCGAGUGGUUCGAGGCUUCCUAGCUCGACGCCACUUUCAAGUGUCUCGUCGCCGAAUUAUUAUGAUCCAAGCACGAGUGCGUGCCAACCGCGUUCGAACGGAGUACCUGAAGGGCAGGGAGGCCACCAUCAACUCUCAGGCUAUGAUCCGCCGCUCCCUUGUGCGUCGUAAGUUCCUGCGCGAGAAGAAAAUGGCGACACGUAUUGAAGCGUUUGGACGUAUGGUCAUCUGUCGCCAGCGUUAUCUUGACGAGCGCAAAAAGAUCAUUAUCGUGCAAUCUCUCUGGCGCAUGCACAGUGCCCGCAAGCAGUACACGAAGCGCGACCGACAGGUUACGCUGUUGCAGUCGCUCUGGCGCUGCCACGCUCAAGCGAAGAAGUACCGCGAGACACGAGAGAAGAUUAUCACGAUCCAGGCCUUCUCUCGUAUGACUGUGGAGCGCACACAUUAUUUGAAAGUGCGCUCUGCGGCACGCGUAGUGCAGAGCGCCGUGCAUACCUACUUGGGCCGCCGGAUGUUCAUCCGAUUCCGCCGCGGAGUUGUGAAAACUCAAGCGGUCUACCGAGGCUACGUCCAGCGGAAGAAAUACCGCCGAACGGUACAGCGAAUCGUCAUGGUUCAGAGUGUCUUCCGCCAGAAGAGGGCCCAUAAGCUGGCAGAUGUGCGCCGUCGGUCGAUGGCACGUGUUCUGGCUGUCGUCCGCAUUUUCCUGUCUCGUGUACGGAUGCGAAACCGCACCCAGGCCUUGUUUGACGCUGCCAACGCGUACGAUUUGACCGAAGUACUCCACAUUGCGCAGGAGAUGCCAGGAAUGCUGCGCGUGCGUGACCGCGCUAACGACAUGAUGUCGUUGAUCCACGUGGCCGCCAAGAACGGUGACCUGAAUCUGGCGCGCUUUGUGCUGGAGGAGAACCCGCAGCUUGAAGACCUGGUGUACGGAAAGGAUACUGCUGGGAGCACACCACUGCACUACGCUUGUCGUCUGGCGCACCUGGAUAUGGUACGGUUACUUGCGAAGGUUGCCAAUCGCAAUUCGAACCCUGGAGCGCACUUUGACUUCGGGGCUGCUCGUACUCGAAGUGCAAGCAGCACGAGCAGUGCAAGCGACGAUUCGCCCGAGUUGAAGCUUCGUUCUGCCUCUACCGCUAGCACCGUGUCCAUGACAACGCCCUCUUCUCGUUCGCCAUCGAAGAGCGUGUCUAUUGGAGGCAAUCGCAGCCCAGUGGGAGGUGUUGAUCCCCGAAUGCGAGGUAUGUCUUCAGUCACCUCGUCGUUUUCGAUGGAGCCGGGCUUCAAGCCGGGCGACCAUAGCGCGCCAAAGCGCCAUGGUCGUCGCGCUCUCGUGUCAUCUACACCUAAGCGGCGACUAUCAACCUCCAUCGGAGGGCUACCGCCAGUGCUGCCCACGACACUACAGAUUGAAGUGUACAAGGAGGGUUUCCUUCGCAAGGCAAGCGGGACUCGUUGGGCCACCAAGCGCUACGUGAUGGUGGACGAGGUGUGCUUGUCCUACUACAAGACUGAGAAAGACAAGAUCCCGCUCAAGAUUGUCGAGCUGUGCGAUGCCACAAUCAAGCGUAACUCGGAUGUGGAGUGCUGUUUCGAAAUCCGAUCGCCGCGCUUGAAGAGCUCGAAAAACCCGGACGGCAUGCUGUCGUUUGUGGCCGACACCGAGCAGGAAGUGCACGAGUGGAUGCUUGCUAUUCGCAAGGUGCAGGGUGUGCGCGUGACCACGACGAUCCCUCCUAACCACAACAUGAUCUGCAUCGACAGCGGACUGCGUCGCGACUACGUCAACAUGAAGAACAAAUUGGGCUUUACGCCGCUGCAUCUUGCAGUGCAAAACGACGAAGACGAAGGUUUCGAGGCCGCCAAGGUUUGCGUCUGGCUCAUUGAGAACGGCACCGACCCCAACGCGAUCGAUGUGAAUGGCGACACGGCCCUCCACUAUGCGGUGGAGCUGGAGCGCUAUGAUUUGGUGGAGACACUCAUGAAGCGUGGCGCUGACUCGAGCAUUAAGAACCUGAAGGGUCUUUCGGCGAUGGAAAUUGCCGAGGAGGACGACUUGAAGGAGAUUCUCAACCCCGCCAACCAUGUGCCUAAGGUGGAAGAGGCCCCAGUUGAACCCGAAGAGCCCCAGGCUGAUGGACUGGUUCCCGUCAAAAAGAUCACACCAGUUACUCCAUCGCUGCUUCCGCCGCCGGACAGGUUGACCGACACUGUGGCCACUGGCCCCAUCAUGGAGACGCCGCACUUCAAUCUCUACAUCAUGGACUACAGGGGUGCAGUCGUUGACACGGCGCAGCGCACUCCAAAGUCUCUCAUCCAGACGGGAGGCAACUACUGGUGGUUCGGCAAUACGUGGUAUCUUCAGACGCCUCUGGAGCAUCUCAAGGACGGCUGCGUCGCGGUGAUGGAGCUGCGGCAUCGGAGUCUUGUCACGCAGGAAGUUGAAGUGGGCUGCUGGACCUUCUUCCACCUGGACAUCAGCAAGAUCACGACGGCGCCAGCCACCUUCGAGAUGUACGCGCCGCCCGUGGACCCGCUCAGCAAGAUUCUUGCUCGUAUCCCCGGCGAUUCGUUCCUGCAGGCCGAAAUCAACGUGUCGCUAUAAGCUUUGUGGCGUCGAAGUCAGGCAUAGACGAAAAGCCCUGUAGUUUGUCUAGGCCACUAGAGCCGCACCAAGAUUAACAAGACUGUGGCUAGCUAGACGGUGUAGCGUUGGCAAGUAAAACAAAUCAAGCAUCUAUUUCAGCAAAGG